UUUAUUUGUUUGAGGGAAACAAAGAAAACCUCAUCUGAGACCAAGAGUGAGGAAAUGGCAGUGUCACUGAGACUGCCCUCUCUAACGCUAACGAACCUGUUCGCCUCACCGUCUUCUAUUCCCAUUCUACGACGCCGACGCCCCCAUGGCACUCUUCUCCGGCCGCCGCCCCUCGCUGCUAGCUUCUCCUCGCAGAGAGCAGAGGCUGCGUCAGCUCAGACCCAGUAUAACUCGAAGAGCAGCAAAGGGAGCGACCAAGUAAUAACGCCAAGGUCACAGGACUUCAACGCUUGGUACCUCGACCUCAUAGCCAACGCCGAGCUAGCCGAUUACGGUCCUGUUCGCGGCACCAUGGUCAUUCGUCCCUAUGGUUACGCUAUUUGGGAAUCCAUUCAGGACUAUUUGAAUGUGAAGUUCAAGGAAACAGGGCAUAGUAACAUGUACUUUCCGCAGUUUAUUCCAUACUCAUUUAUAGAGAAAGAAGCAAGUCAUGUGGAGGGCUUCAGUCCCGAGUUGGCAUUGGUGACAAUUGGAGGUGGAAAGGAACUUGAAGAGAAGCUCGUGGUUCGACCCACAAGUGAAACCAUUGUCAAUCACAUGUUUACCAAAUGGAUCCAAAGUUAUCGUGAUCUCCCUCUCUUGAUUAAUCAGUGGGCAAAUGUCACAAGAUGGGAGAUGCGCACAAAACCAUUUGUUAGGACUCUUGAGUUUCUUUGGCAAGAGGGCCACACUGCUCAUGCAACUCCUGAAGAGGCAGAAAAUGAGGCUAUACAGAUGAUUGACAUCUAUACCAAAUUUGCUUAUGAGCAAGCUGCAAUACCUGUUAUUGCAGGUCGAAAAUCUAAAGUAGAAACAUUCGCUGGAGCUAAUAAGACCUAUACAAUUGAGGCCAUGAUGGGUGACAAGAAAGCAUUGCAAGCCGGAACCAGCCACAACCUUGGCCAGAACUUUUCUCGUGCCUUUGGAACACAGUUUUUAGAUGAGACUGGACAAAUGCAGCAUGUUUGGCAGACAUCAUGGGCAAUUAGUACACGUUUUGUUGGAGGCAUUAUCAUGACCCAUGGAGAUGAUGCCGGCCUAAUGCUUCCUCCAAAGCUUGCUCCGAUACAGGUGGUAAUUGUACCUAUUUGGAAGAAGGAUGAAGAGAAAGUGGCUGUUCUAAAUGCAGCAUCUUCUGUAAAAGAAGUUCUUUGUACGGCAGGUAUUAAAGUUAAACUAGAUGACUCAGAGCAAAGAACUCCUGGAUGGAAAUUCAAUUUCUGGGAAAUGAAGGGUGUUCCUCUUAGAAUUGAAAUUGGUCCUCGUGAUGUAUCUAGUGAGAGUGUGGUGAUAUCCAGGAGAGAUGUUCCUGGGAAGCAGGGGAAAGUGUUUGGAAUCUCUAUGGAGCCUUCUAUUUUGGUGGCUUUUGUGAAAGACAGGUUGUAUGAAAUACAGUCCUCUCUUUUGGAGAGGGCCAUAGCAUUUCGUGACAGCAAUAUUGUAGAUGUGAACUCAUAUGAUGAUCUUAAAGUAGCAAUAUCACAAGGCAAAUGGGCUAGGGGUCCUUGGUCUGCUACCAAUGAAGAUGAGUUAAAAGUAAAGGAGGAAACAGGAGCAACCAUUAGGUGCUUUCCUUUUGAACAACCCGAAGGGAUCAAAAGAUGCUUCAUGACUGGAGAUCCUGCCGAAGAAGUAGCAAUUUUUGCCAAAUCUUACUAAUUCCCAAGUAUAUUAUCCUGCAGAUUGGGCUUGUAGUCAAAUUCUUGGUUUGAAUCGUAUAUUUUUUGGUAAGUCAGUUGUGUUGUACAACAUAGACAACUUAUUACAGAACAUUUAACUGAUCAACUGUAGCUUUUUAUUGUUAGUUGUCAUAAUGGAGUUACAAUUGUCAAAUUUUGUAAGGAAUAUUUAUGACUUGCAGUUU